AUGGAUAAUCAACCAAGCAUGGAAGACGCCCAAAAUGCCUUAGGGAUGAUGAUAUAUCAAAUAUUGAACAAUCAAGUGAGAAAAACAUGCUUUGAAAAAUGUUUUGGUCAGAAAUUUUCGGAACAGAUGGGGAAGAAUGAGCAAAUCUGUUUAGCCAAGUGCAUGGACAGAAUGUACGAAGCUCACACUAUUGUAACGAAGGCAUCUACAGAAAUGGCACAAAAUUUAAACAUUGACUCAAAUUAUUAA